AUGACAGACCAGCGCCAGGUUGGUCGUCCCUCCGGUAUGAGGACUAGAAUCAUCAUCCUCACGGGCCCGACGCCAAGCUCGACGCUUUGUAUUCCCGAAGAAUAUGGAAGAUUCGAUCUUCUCAUACACUGUGGAAACCUGACCCAGCACUCCACUGGCUCAGAGUUCGGCCAAGUCAUGAGAUACAUCCGCAGGUUCAAUGUCGGCCCCAAGAUCUUGAUAGCCGGCGACAAGGACGUCUCCCUUGACCCACAAGCGUAUAGAUUCCACUCCAGACGGCAAGUUCACGUGGCAGAGGAGUCUACUGCAGUCUACGAGGACCCGAAAGCCGAUGAAGUCGAUGCGGGAGCACCUGCUCCUAGCGCUGAUGCUGCUCCCAUUGAGAGCCGCACGCAGGCCCUUGGCAAGGAGAGACGGCUGCAGACAAGAAAGUAUGAAAGGCCUGAGGCGACCCGGACGAGAAUGCAGAAAAUGUGGCGGUGGAACGUUCGGUUCCUCAACGAGGGGACACAAGAGAUCCUGCUCCCGAACCGCGCUCCGCUCCGCCUAUACGUCAGCUCGUACACGCCUGACGCGGGCAAGUCUCUGGCGUUUCAAUACCAGACGCAUCAUCAUGACUUCAGCAUUGAGCCGGACACGGACAUCGUCGUGACGCACGGCCCACCAUGGGCCGUCCUGGACAGGAGUCCCCCCGAGUCGUCGGCCCUCUACUGUAAGGGCAGCACGUCGCUCUGGCACGCGAUCAAAAGGGCGCCACCGAGGCUGCACUGCUUCGGCCCGGAGCGCACCUGGCGCGGAGCGGCCGUGGCGACCUGGCAAGGUUCGGAUAGUCCUUUGUGGGCCGAAGUCGAUGCCACCCAGGAACCGGACAGCCAGGAGCUCAGUGGUACCGUCAUCCCGUGGGAUCGGGUCAGACGCUAUUUUUGA